GAUUCCAAGUCCAAGGAAGACCGACCUAAUAUUCUGGGUAAGAACUUUUAGGUACAAAUGAGUUAUGAGAGAUUCAUCAGAAUAAACCACUCGUGCUGCUAGUUCUUUCUCAUCUUUCCCCCAAAUGGAAGAUACAAGAUAUUCAGCUAUAGUGCCACAGAUUGUGAAGAUUGUAAAGAUGGUUGUUAAGUUUCAUCCAUUACUGAUAAUAACCAGUCUUAUGUGCCGAAUAAUAUUUCUGCAAGAUUGGAUUGAAGAGAAGGUGAGCAAUAAAUGGAAAGCACUCAAGGUGUAUUACGAAUCAACAAUGAGAGCUCUGUUGGCUCCAAUUACUGAGAAAAUGAAGAAUCUAUCAGAAGCCCUCCAGAUGCAUCUCAACCAAGAAGCAGAAAAGGGUCAACCAAAGGCCAAAUUGAUAGGUAAAAUUGCCUUACUCUUUGCCACAUUUCUUUUACUGGAUACAGAGGUCAGUUCAAAAUAUGAUAAAAGAGGGAUUAAAGUGCUGUUAUUGUUGAUCAUUGGACUUAAGUUGCUAAGACUUUCGAAGCGUUGGAGUCAACUCGAAAUUCUCCAAAGACCAAUCACUGACCUCUACAAAUACCACGGCUAGAAGCAAUAGUGUGUUUUUGAUUCUAUCAUCAAUUGCUAUACAUAUUGUUGAAGCCAUCUUCUCAUUUUUUGUUGUUAAAUCUCUCCUGUCCAACUAUAAAGUUUGGUGUACUAGGGUAAUUAGUAGUGUGAUUUGGAGUGUCCGGGACUAUAAAAAAGAUACCUCACUACCCUCUACAAAUACCAAAGGAAUCAGCAAUUUGAUUUUGACCAUUGUAAAUGUUGCACAAGGCAUAUUUGUGUUUUCUCUUUCAUUUCCCAUAGGGGAUUAUAAAUACUGGUUAUUUGU